AUGUACGGUGGCCUAAAUUCGCCAUGGCUAGUAGGAGGUGACUUCAACAUAAUAGUGAAGUAUGGUGGAUUAGAAGUGCCAUUUGUGGAGGUUAAGGAUUUCAAUCAGUGCAAUAAUCUUUGUCAACUCACAGAUAUGGGAUUCAAAGGUAGCAUGUAUACAUGGUGGAAUGGAAGAUUAGAUGAUCAAUGUAUUUUCAAGAGAUUGGACAGAUGUUUAGAUAACCAGGAAUUACAAGAUAUGUAUCCUAAUUUUGAAGUGGAGCAUCUUAUCAAGCAAGGAUCUGAUCACUCUCCAUUGAUGAUUACUUGUUCAGAAGAUAGAAGGAUAAUUAAGAAAAUUUUCAGGUUGUUAAACUUCUGGGUAGAACAUCCUACUUUUGUGGAAAUGGUGAGAUCUAACUGGUCAGGAUAUCAUGGAUCAAACCCUUUCUAUAUCUUUCAUAGCAAGUUGAAGAAUCUCAGUAAAGUGUUGUCUAAAUGGAGUAGAGAUACUUAUGGGGAUAUCUUUAGACAGAUAGAUACACUAGUAGAAGUGGUCAAAAUUCAUGAAUUGGAAUUUGAAGAAAACCCCACAGGAACUAACAGAGAAAGAUUGCAGAAAGUACAAGCUGAGUUGAUUAAAUUCUAUGCUGUGGAUGAGCAAUUCUGGAAGCAAAAAUCUGGUAUGCAGUGGUUCAUGGAUGGGGACAGAAAUACAAAAUUCUUUCAUGCACAUGUGAAAGGGAAGAGGAAAAAGCUGCAACUUAAUAGAAUCCAGGAUCAGAAUAGUAUGUGCUUAGAGAAUGGAGAUGAUAUUGUGAGGGAAGCUACUAAUUUCUUUCAAAAUCAGUUUAUUGCUGAAACAGAGGCAACUGAUUUUGAGCUACUGAAACACAUCCCUAAAUUGAUCACAGCUGAACAGAAUAGAGAACUACAUGAGUUUUCUGAAGAUAGUGAAAUCAAAAGUGCAGUGUUUGGGUUGAAUGCUAAUAGUGCAGGUGGUCCUGAUGGAUAUACAGGAAAGUUUUUUCAAGCUACAUGGGAUAUUAUUGCUAAGGAUGUCAUCACUAUGGUACAUUCAUUCUUUUGUGGACAUGAACUACCAAGAUAUGUAACCUGCACCAACUUAGUGUUAAUUCCCAAAAAGAAAGAGGUUCUUACUUGUUCAGAUCUAAGGCCUAUCAGUUUAAGUAACUUCAUCAGUAAGGUUUUCUCAAGAAUAAUACAUGAGAGAAUGGUGAAGUUGCUAUCCCAGAUAAUAUCACCUCAGCAGGCAGAUUUUGUGAAAAGAAGAAGCAUUGUGGAGAAUAUUUUUCUUGUUCAAGAAAUAGUCCAUGACAUAAGAAUAAGGGAAAGCCAGCCAAUGCAAUUAUCAAACCGGAUAUGGCAAAGGCUUAUGACAGAGUUUCUUGGUUAUUCUUAA